AUGAAGAGUCUCAUCCGUUCCAAAGAGGAUAUCAAACUCCUUCAGAAAAAAAGGAUCAUAAAUCCAAGUUGGGUAGGAGACCAAUAUUUGAUUGAUUUAGGAAAUAUUCUUGAUCAUGUUCAUCCAAAGGACUUCUGCUUUGGCAAGCUGUGUGAGGACGCGAAUGCUUACAGUAAGUCUUGGUUUCACUGGCACAAACACAAAGUACGUUGGAUGGUGCAGUUUCGGAGACACAUAAGGUGUCUUUGUAGCACAUAUUUCUCCAGUCCAUGGAGUAUCAUAGCAUUCUUGGUUGCGGCUGCCAUUUUGGUCUCACUGGCACAGACACACUGCGCCAUUCACCCUCGCUAA